UUAUCAUCUGCGUCGUCGAAGCCUCCCUUAGUGUAGACUGGCCCUUCAAAAAUACACAGUUGCAAUUUGACGAGAUGACCGUCAUACUCCCUGGGUCUCUCCGAGUCUCUCAGCGCUAGCCUGGUCUCCCGUGGGUCUGCCUGGCUCUACAGUGCGACUCGCCUGGUCACCCGGCAUCCCAAUAUUAAUAGUACACAUUCGUCCAACGGUGUCCGUGUGGACGAAUAUUCCAGGAUUACUGGCGUAUCGCGUCUGGAUGAACGAACGCAAAGUCUCCGCAAUCCGCACUACAAAGCGCAAAGUACCUAUAUUGCGCAUACUUAUAGAUGCUGCCGUUUUGUACUCUGCGGCGCUUGGCUCCUCAAUAAUUUGUUUUUCCCUCUGGAACGAUGGAAUAUAUGUGACGGGAGACCUGACCGUCCCGAUUGUCUCGAUUGCCUUCUACAUGGUAUUUAUUCGCAUUGCGACCAAUCAAAACAGACAACAUUACCUCUCGACUGUCUGUAGGAGUGUCACUGAAACAGAACGGAGAAAUUUCCAGCAACAUCCUAUGCAGUCGUUGGUACACAGGCCGGAUGAUUCCAAAUCCUUUUUAGGUGAUAUAUGAUGUCCGUUUCCCGGUCACUAGUUUCCACUAGGUCACCAAAUAAAAAGAUGGUAGUUGUCUGAGUCCUCUUGCCCGACUUCGCAAUCCUCCGUGCGUCUCAU